AUGUGGAGCUCUAAUACGAUUGCGACAGCCACGGCCAUUCUAGCUCUUUUCCGAAGCAUUCAUGCUUUUCCCAGUGGCUACGAGAUGCUACACGAUCGUACCACUACCGACUAUCCCUUAGUCAACGCCAAUAUCACCAUCGGGAAGGAAAUCUACGUGGAAGAGGGCGACACGGUCUGGAACCUCGCUCAAACCUACCACUUCGGCGUCUGCGAUUUAGCACGCAUGAACGGCCUGGCAGAUCCAGAUUUCAUCUACCCAGGAGAGAAAUUUCUCAUCCCCGCCGUGGCCGCUCACCCAGAUGACUACUCCUGCCUGGACCAGAACAACACCGAGACAACCAACACAUGCGUCGUUGGUGGUCCACAUGUCUACACUACCAUGCCCGGCGAUACGCCCCAGAAGAUUGCUAAUGUGCGAUAUAACAUCACAACUGAUUCGAUCCUGUCCUACGGGGCGCAGACGGCCUACAUUGUCGACUUAAACCCAGGGCCGUACACGGAGCUAGAGUCCGGACAGCUGGUGAAAAUUCCUCUGUGCGAGAACACGGAGUGUAUCUUGCGCACUUUUAAUUUUCACUACGGUACCUUCGUUGAUGUGGCUCGGCAGUUUGGAGUGACUACAGGGCAGAUUAUGUCGUUGAAUCAGGGCUUCAACCAUAGUGAUGGUAACUACACUAUGAAUGCAGCUUUGACACUGACCACAAACUGCACCUACAUGGAUGAUUCUUGGUAUUAG